AUGGAGAUUCAGACAGAACAGAGACGGGCAUCCAAGACUCAUACUACUAACGAUCAGGCUCAACCACACCCUGGAUAUCAGGCAGAAGGUGGGGCAGAAGGAGAUCUGCCUCGUCUCCAGUCCAUCACUCCUGCUCCAGUUCUGAGUCCAAGCAGAGUACACCAAUCGCCGAACAGUAGCAGCAACCUGGACAGAUUGGUCGAAAUAAAGCGAAGGACAGUAGGCCAAGUAGCGGAGCUGACUAAGGCCGAAAUCCAGGAUAGGCAGGACAUCGCGGAUCGCGUGGCACGCAUAAAGGCUCGAGUAGCGGAGUUGACGGGCGACGUCGAGAGCGGACUUCCGGAUUCUACAGAGCGAAGCAAAGAGAGGCCAUUGACGCUGCAACCCUGUCGACACACGACUGGAAAUAUCACUAGCUCGCCAAAACUACAGCCUGCGCCGCGUAGUGUUAGCGAUAUGAAAUCUGUAGAUAGCAAGGAUGCCUCAUCGGAGGCACACGCCAGUUACCUUGUACUAAAUUCGACAAGAACAGCAUCAACGACUGAAAGCCAUUUGGCUCGGGUUGAACAAGAUCCUUUUUGCAGACCAUGGUACUCUGGGUCGAUACUAGGACGGAUACUAUCAGAAAUGGGUGUUGAAAGCGUUCGGAGUACUUUUAUAAACCUUGGUGUUACCGAUUUGUGGCUGCCGCUGUCUAGACAACUACUUCGACGCUCACUGGGAGACCCCCACCAUAUCUCAGAAUUCCUGAAACUACAAGACGAACAUCUGAGUGUAUUUCUUAUACGUUGGACGCAGCUUAUCCGAGGAGAAGAGAUAUUCGAUAUGAUGUUCAACCAUUGUGAAUUUGAAGACGAUGAAGACAUAUUUGAAGAGAAUCGUCUACUCGGUGAAGGAAUGGUCGGUCUUGUUGAAGAGGUGACUGUACAAUCGCGAGAGCCACCCCUGAUAUGUGUACGGAAAAAGAUUGCAAGGCCAAAACAACUCAAAUUGCAUCAACAUAUCAUGGCUGCCUUUAUUCGAGAGGUUAAGGUCAUGCGUCAAGUUGACCAUCGCCACUGCGUUCAUUUUCUUGGGAGCUACACGGACAACGAGUCAGUUAACAUUCUCUCGAUGCCUGUAGCUGAUAUGGAUCUGGCUGCCUUUCUGGAUAAGCCUAUCGGUGACCGAGAGUGGAGCAUACUCUACAAGGGGAUUGAUUGUCUCUGCAAUGGGUUGUUAUACCUGCAUAACAAGAAAAUUCGGCACGAGGAUUCAAAGCCUCAAAACAUCCUCGUACAUGGCAACAACAUAUUGCUUACCGACUUCGGGUUCAGCUUGGACUUCUCUGAUGAUUCCGUUUCAACAACUACAGGGCGCCCGUCAGCGUGGACUAUCCGAUAUUCCGCACCAGAGGUCCUAGACUCAAAGCCACGGAACCGAGCCAGUGACAUAUUCUCCCUGGGAUGUGUCCUAAUCGAGAUGGUCUCGGGGCUUUACGGACAUGGCCUCUCCAAAGCCAAGGAACAUUGGAAAAGAGCCAGUAACGGACAGUCCAGUUUUGCCCGCAAUCCCGAAGCAACAUCCUCAUGGCUUGCGUUACUCUCAGACCAUCCUGUAAGUGGUAGACUCAAACCAAUCGUCGACUUUCUGCCCGCAUUGCUGGCCACAAACCGGCUUGAUCGACCGUCUGCCCAAGCAGUCGUUGAUAGACUGAGAAAUCUGAGCCUACUUCUGCCUGACCCGUCUCAUCUUGUCAAUAUCUGCUGCGGGCCGCCUCCAGGAUGGAUAGGCAAUUUUCACCCCGAACACAUCGGAGGAAGUGGGUUGCGAAGAAUGCGUGAUUCACCAUUCUGGUCCGACAUUAAGAGUUAUUUCGAUACUGUAGCAGGCAAUGGAAUGACCCAUGUUGUACUUGACCAACGCUACAGUCAAGUCGUUGCAAAACACCGUUAUUACUCUCGCAAGUCUGGCCUAACAGAGCCCCAUCCAUACAUCACCAAUGUUUCUGCAAUCAAGGACGCAUGCGCCAUACUCCUUGUCAACUCCGACAAGACAAGAUCAAUGCUAGAUCAGUCACGAAGCCGAACGCUUGAUACCGACAGUGUGAUGCCGCAAAUACUCCAAACUUAUACCUCCUGCCAGGUGUUAUUCACCGCACUGAGAACAAAAGUUCGGAUACCCAAUCCCGAGGGAUUCAAUGCCCCAAAACAUGCCAGAGUUUCUUCAACAUGGCAAACGCGAACAGUUCAAAUAUCUAUUGUCGGUCAUGGUCGUUGCCGGGACGAUGAUCGCUACUUCAGUUCCGAAUUCUACGUACUCGCAUUCAAGAUGUUCGACGAAGGAUAUGAGCCUUCGAAACUCGGCGCGCUCUUAGUGGACAUGAGUACUAUGACAGUAAGCUAG